AAUUUAGGAGGAUUAACAUGCAUUUUGUGGAGGGUUGUUGGAUUGACCUCCGGACUAAUCUAAUGAUGUUUGUUUGUGCAUGUGUGCGUCUCAGGUGAAGCAUAUCUUUGAGGACCCUCCCUGCAAGUGUCCCAAUAAGUUCUGUGUGGAGAGACAGGCUCAGGGCCGCUAUCGCGUCGGAGAGAAGAUGCUCUUCAUCCGGAUGCUACACAACAAGCAUGUGAUGGUGCGUGUGGGAGGAGGCUGGGAGACCUUUGAGAGCUACCUGUUGAAACACGACCCAUGUCGGAUGCUCCAGAUCUCCAGAGUGGAGGGGAAGACCUUUCCCAUGUCCCCCAAGUCACCCAACACCAAGGACCUCACCCCAGACAGCUACUUGGUGGUGGCCGCACACUACCGCAGCAAGAAGUAAAGAUGGCCGCCUACUAACACAACAAGAAGUAAAGAUGGCCGCCUACUACCGCAGCAAGAAGUAAAGAUGGCCGCCUACUACCACAACAAGAAGUAAAGAUGGCCGCCAACUACCACAACAAGAAGUAAAGAUGGCCGCACACUACCGCAGCACGAAGUAAAGAUGGCCGCCUACUACCACAACAAGAAGUAAAGAUGGCCGCCUACUACCGCAGCAAGAAGUAAAGAUGGCCGCCUACUACCGCAGCAAGAAGUAAAGAUGGCCGCCUACUACCACAACAAGAAGUAAAGAUGGCCGCACACUACCACAGCACGAAGUAAAGAAGGCCGCCUACUACCACAACAAGAAGUAAAGAUGGCCGCCUACUACCGCAACAAGAAGUAAAGAUGGCCGCCUACUACCACAACAAGAAGUAAAGAUGGCCACCUACUACCACAACAAGAAGUAAAGAUGGCCGCCUACUACCACAACAAGAAGUAAAGAUGGCCGCCUACUACCGCAACAAGAAGUAAAGACAUUCAUGAGGACCUGAGGAAAUGACCUCUUGCCUUUCCCAACUAGCAAAACUGAUUGAAAUGACAGUGACACAGGGCAAAGCCAGUUGACACUGUCAUUCCAACCAGAUUCCAACCAGUUGCUUGUACAGUAUGUCUUCUAGUUGAUGUAAGCCACAGCCGGCCCACCUGAGCUACAGAAUAGACAGUGGCCAGCAGGUAUAUAUCUCCUGUCCUAGCGGUCACGGCAAACUAGCGUCACGGUGACGGUUUGAUUUGGAUUUCUAGCCUUUGAGAAUAAUCUAUGCAAUCAUUUUGACAAUCAUUUUUAGUCGGGGAUUGAGGCUGGUAUAUUUGGUUCUAAAAGCAUGUUUUCUAAUGUUACCUUGUGUGUAUUUUGUUUGACUUUUGUCAUUCAUUCAUUUAAUAGUGUGAAAGUAUAGUAUGACUUCUGUAAUAAUUGAUAUAUUCUGAAUAGUGAUUGGAUACUGGUAAAUCUGAAUCUGGACAUGUUCCACCAAUCAUGUUCCUCCUACGGUUCCACCAAUCAUGUUCCUCCUACGGUUCCACCAAUCAUGUUCUUCCUACGGUUCCACUAAUCAUGUUCCUCCUACGGUUCCACCAAUCAUGUUCCUCCUACGGUUCCACCAAUCAUGGCGUUUUUCCUUUCCUUGUUUUCUAAAUAUGCAGCUACACCACACAAGGGAAGAUAAUCAUGGCUAAAACAAUAUAUUUUUAAAUGUAUUCAUGUAAUCACACAAUCAGUCACAGUACAGGCUUACUGGUUACCAUGCCCAGGGACUUGUCUCUGGCUUGAACUUUUGGCUUUAAAGACCAAAGGGUUCCACCAUUCAAUCUAAUGGAAGUCAACAUUUAAAAUAUGUUUGAAAUAGUGCUACUUUAUUAUGUUAAAAGUCCUGACUAAUAUGAACAGCUGUAGGAUGUGUUUAUUAUGGUGCUGAUUAUGGAUUUCUCUGUAAUGUCUGUUAAGAGUGAUUCUCUUUUUUUUCACGAGCUAGUUCUGCUCUCCUGUUUUGAAGUUAAAAGCUUUUGAUCAUUUGUUAAGGAACGCUAUUAACAUCAUUAUUGUGAGAAGAUUAUUUCCGAGGAUUAAAGAGACAAUCAAAUGUAGAA